AUGCAUCUACCAGUGUCUCCUUCACAUCCUCUGCAGCACAGCACUGUGCUACGGAGUGCACUACUUCGUAUGGCGCAACUGAUUCCCCUCUCUACAUCCUCCCCCUCCCCCUCCUCCCUCCUGACUUGUGAUUGCAUCUACCUGUGUCUCCUCCACAUCCUCUGCAGCAUAGCACUGUGCUUCUUCAUGUGGCGCAACGAGCAUCGCAACCUCUCCACCUACAUCGACAACUGCUUGGACGCCAACGGCUUCGGCCAAUGGCAGCCCGCCAAGUGUCACACGGUCACGGCGUGCAAGGCGUGCAUUCGAGAUAAGGUGGUAACGGAGGUGCACCUGGGGGAGCUAAGAUCUGCUCUGCUGGCUACCAAGGAGGUUGUUGACCAAUGGGAGCUUAGAAUGGAGAGAUCCUUUGUAGAGCUGUCUGACGACUUGACUGCAGAUGGGUAG